AUGGAGGCUCUAGAGCAAAUGCCAAAUUAUGUGAGGUUCCUGAAAGAAAUACUCACAAAGAAGAGAACGCUGGGAGAUUAUGAGACUGUAGCAAUGACGAAAGCUUGCAGCACUACACUCACGAGCAAAAUUCCUACAAAGAUGAAAGAUCCUCAGAGUUUUACCAUACCAGUUUCAAUUGGAGGACAACAGAUAGGACUUGCCUCAUGUGAUCUAGGCGCCAGCAUCAAUCUCAUGUCGUUAUCAAUUUACAAGUUGGGCAUUGGAAAAGCAAGGCCCACAACAGUGACAUUGCAGCUGGCGGAUCGAUCCAUUACGCAUCCAGAGGGAAAAAUUGAAGACGUUUUGGUACAAGUAGAUAAAUUUAUUUUCCCUGUUGACUUCAUUAUUUUGGAUUAUGAUGCAGAUAAGGAGGUUCCGAUUAUGAUGCAACUGGGAGAGCUUUGGUAG